AUGUUCUCCACCUACUUCAUGGAGAGAGGGGCUCCGCGGCAGGACGACAUGCUUUUCUACGUGCGCCGGAAGCGGGCGUUCGCGGGCAGUGAGGGCGGCGCCGACCGGAGAAAGCUGGCCGAGGCUGAGCCCGAGGUGGAGGUGGAGGUGGAGGUGUACCGGCGAGACUCCAAGAAGCUGCCCGGCCUCGGAGACCCUGACAUCGACUGGGAGGAGAGUGUCUGCCUGAAUCUCAUCCUGCAGAAGCUGGACUACGUGGUGACCUGUGCUGUGUGCACGCGUGCUGACGGUGGGGACAUCCACAUCCAUAAGAAGAAAUCCCAGCAAGUGUUUGCAUCCCCCAGUAAGCACCCCAUGGACAGCAAAGGGGAAGAAUCCAGGAUCAGCUACCCCAACAUCUUCUUCAUGAUCGACAGCUUCGAGGAGGUGUUCAGCGACAUGACUGUAGGGGAAGGAGAGAUGGUCUGUGUGGAGCUGGUGGCCAGUGACAAAAGCAACACGUUCCAAGGGGUCAUCUUUCAGGGCUCCAUCCGCUACGAGGCGCUCAAGAAGGUGUAUGACAACCGGGUGAGCGUGGCCGCCCGCGUGGCACAGAAGAUGUCGCUUGGCUUCUACAAGUACAACAACAUGGAGUUUGUGCGCAUGAAGGGGCCGCAGGGCAAGGGCCAUGCGGAGAUGGCGGUCAGCCGUGUGUCCACUGGUGACACGUCCCCCUGUGGGACUGAAGAGGACUCCAGCCCAGCUUCGCCCAUGCACGAGCGGGUGACCUCCUUCAGCACCCCCCCAACCCCGGAGCGGAACAGCCGGCCCACCUUCUUCUCCCCCUCCCUCAAGAGGAAGAUGCCCAGGACCCUCAUGGCGGAGAUGAAGAAGUCUCACUCGGCCAACGACAGCGAGGAGUUCUUCCGGGAGGACGGCAGUGGAGCUGAUCUGCACAAUGCCACCAACCUGCGGUCUCGGUCGCUGUCUGGCACGGGGCGGUCCCUGGUCGGGUCUUGGCUGAAGCUGAACAGAGCGGACGGGAACUUCCUUCUCUAUGCACACUUAACAUACGUCACUUUGCCGCUGCAUCGGAUCUUAACAGACAUCCUGGAGGUACGGCAGAAGCCCAUCCUGAUGACCUAGCCGUGUGCGGAGCCCGCGCGGAGCCCCCGGCCCCGCCCGGCCCUGGGAGUGCUGCCAAGUGCCUAUGUGUCCACCGCCACCGGGGUCUUCUGUGACAACCCAGCGCCGGGGGCCAGAGCCAGGCGAGGCCACUCGACCCCUGGGGCCAGGGCCGACUCCACGAACACCAGCCCAAACUGAAGUGCCUCUUUCUCCUCCCCUGCUGGCUCUGCUCCUGCCCUGCACCCCCGCCCAUCACCUCCCGCCUGUCCCUGGAGAGCCCUCUGCACCCAGAGAGGACCGGAGGCCCCAAGAGGCCAUCAAGAACGCAGAGGAGCUGCCAGCACCCAGUGCGUCCAGACCUACCCACCCGACACGACAUCCCGACCCGCAGUGGGCGGGGACCACCCAGCGGGGGCGCCGUGCGUCACACCCUCCUCGCUUCUUAAGGAGGACAGUUUACCGUCUCGUAAUGCUGUGCCAAUGAACUUCGGCAUCUGAGUUGGUCCCGACGUCCGCCCUCCCUCGCUUACCACUUGGUUUUAGCGGGUUACGGUGGGCAGGUGGGGAGCACAGCUGUUCGAUGGUUUUGCCCUGGGCUGCGAACACCUCAGCCCACGCCCGGUUCCAGAAAGGCCGGUAGCUUAGCAGACAGGCCCUGAUCCCGCCGGAAUGGCCUUUGCUUCCAGCCAAAGAGCACCACCGACACACACCUCCACCGUGCAGACCGCCCGCUCUGUGCCUCAGCCGGCCUGGCCCGCAGAGCAUGACUCGGAGGGCAGGUGGGAGGGCGUGGGAACCAGACGGGGAGAAGGGUGGGGUCUCCGCCCAAGGGUGGAAGGUUGGGGUGGGGUCGGCAUCCUUCCAGGAAGGUUCUAGUAGACCCUCCAUCCGUCCUUGGGGUCCAGGGAGGGGCUAGUUAGUUUUGCUUCUGGUUUCCUGGAGCUCACGUUGUCUGCGCCUGCCGGUCCCUCCCUCGGACCAGCUCCGUGUGGCCAGUCGGGCAGGUGUGUGUGAGUGGCCGUCCAUCCAGCCCCGGCCUUGCCCGCGGCCUCGUCCCAGCCAGGAGGAUUGCCGCGGGGGAUGACACGAGUUCUCAGACCGCAGGUCCUCCUGAGAGCAGAGUGUCCCCCAGCCCAGUGGGAGUGGCCUGUCUGUGGGUGUCUGUCGCAGUGUCGGAAGUCCCCAGGGUUCCUGCCGUACGUUUAGAGGUCCGCGGGCUGCGGGAAAAGGGCGUGGAGGGGCGUCUCUCCGUCUGUUUAUCCUGUGCUCCAGGGGUUUGCUCUGGGCUCCGCAACGGGACGACUUGGGGGCUUUCUCCAGAUUUUGUAUGCUGUUAUUAAAAGCGAGCUAUUGCAUUUCA